AUGGCAAUGGUGGAGUUACCCAUCAUCCCAAUUCCCAUCUUUAGCGGGAAAAUCAUCGACGCGAAUGUGCAUAGCCAGAGAUUGACGAACUUGCAAAAGUUCAAUUAUUUAUUGCAGAGCCUAAGGGGCGAAGCAAAAGAAGCGAUACGGCGAUACGCCGUAACGGAAGAAAACUACCCUGUGGCAGUCGAGGUACUGCGAACGAAAUUCGGCGACAAAUCCAAACUGAUCUACGACCUUCAAGUGCGACUUGAGCGAACUUCAGCAACCAGCACCCAUAUCAGCGAGCAGCGAAGACUACUGGAAUAUCUUCUUGCUUUAACAACACAGUUGGAGCAAAAAGGUGUAUCCUUAAACGGCUCCUUCACUGUGCAAGAGAUUCUGGCGAAGUUCAAACAAAGUCUUCAGAAGAAAAUCCUACAACAACGCUUCGAAACAGAUCAUCGCGAAGACGACUGGUCUAUGAGUAAACUACUGACCGACUUGGACAGGCUUAUCACAGCCGAAGAAAAGGUUGAAGAAAUGUUAGCGAACAACGAAGCGCUACAGAACAGAAGUAAGCCUAGUACAGGCCAAAGAAGAAACGACAGACCACUAGGUCGACUACAGUCGUGCAUUUACUGCAACUCACCUGAACAUAGCUCUCAAGCAUGUACCAAAGUUGCCUCAAUCAAAGAAAGAACACAGCUCUUACUCAAGUAUAAAAGAUGCCUUAACUGUACGAGAUCUAAUCAUCUUUUGAAAGAAUGCAUAAGAAGAACUACCCAGAGGCAAAACUACACAGCAUCAUCGGAAUCACCAGAUCCACACAUAGGAAAGACUGAUCAGAAUAAAGAAGAAGAAUCAACCUCGACAUUCUACAUCUCUAAUACUGAGCCAAAGAGAACCAGGAGCAAAGUUCUACUCCUUACUGGAAUGGCGAAAGUUUGCGAUACAAAAAGUGGAGAAAUGAAGGAAGUAGAAAUACUUCUCGAUAGAGGUGCUGUCCGAUCCUUCAUAACGGGAAAACUAGCGAACGAACUCAACUUACCAAACAUCGACAGUGUGCACUUGUCUGUUUAUACGUUCGGCAACAGAGCCCCCCAAAAAGGCAAACAAGCCCGGCUCACAUCAAAAGACCGAAAGUACUUGCAACAACAAGGAAUCACCUUAACGAAGAGCAAAAAAACACUCAGCUCACUCAGAAAAAAACACUCUGCUACUGGGCUGCAACACAUUGUGGCCCCUUCUAAACUGCGCAGACACAUUGCAUGUUCUGCCAUCAGAUUUGUUCGCAAUACCAUAAAAUUAGGAUACCUUCUAAGGGGCAAACAAGAAUUAUGCAGAAGGAAAAGGAUUACGGACACCAAAGUCAACGUUUCCGGCGAGAAAACAACGAUAACACAGCUAAACGCACAAGAGGCAGCAGAACUCGAGCGAUGGGACCGCUACUGGUCUCUAGACACCUGCGGCAUUGAGGAAUUUACUGGCACAAAAAACGCCGAGAAAUCUCAUGUCAACAAGAAAGUUGAGAAAUUUUUCAAAGACACAAUAGAGAAGAGAAGCGACGAAUAUUAUCGUGGAAUUCGAGCAACGACAUCGUUUCGAUCAGUUGUACACUCCCUAAUGCAUGAAACAUCAGUAAAAGGAAGGUGGCUCAACACAUUGCUUCUAUCUACGACAUUAGGCUGGCUCGUACCACUUCUCAUUCCACUCAAGUGGUUUCAACAACACCUCUGGCUGCAAGGUUAUUCUUGGGAUCAUGAACUUUCCCAACCACUACAAUUACAGUACACGAAAAUGUGCGAGGAUGCGAAUGGAUUCCGAAAAGAUCUCAUUCGAAAAUCAUCAUUGCUGAUGGCAAAGUCAAAACUACCGUCUAUCAAAGACAAGAGACAACAAUUCCGAAAGCAAAAAUGA